AUGGCCGCCCAACCCCAGGUACAGCCCCUCACCGAUGAGGAGUUGGCUCAACAAGGGCUGAAGGUCCCUGGUGGAGGACAGAUUCGGUCGUUUGCUCCAACUCAGCUGCCAACGGGUGCUAUUCUGACCGCCCCAGAUAAGUGGCCUCCUCCUGGUUGUGAUAUGAACGAGCUCGACGACGACGAUAUUGCGGGUGCAAUGCGUUUUGCCAUUCCAGACUUCCGUGCCGAGGAGAGACAGCUCCCUGAGAUUGAUAGAGGAAGGCCCGAGCUCAGGCCUUUCCAGGCACUCUGCGAAAAGUUUGGUCAGCUAUUUUCCCUUCGGCCCGGACAAUGCGAUAAGGUACAGCACCGGGUGAAUACCCAUGACGACACCCCGGUGGUGGAGCGAGUCCGGCCCGUACCCCAUAAGUGGCGGGAAGAUAUUGAGGCUCAGCUUCGGGAGAUGGAGGAACUCGGGGUCAUCAAAAGGUCUACCUCAGCCUGGCGAUUCCCCUGUGUUUAUGCCCCUAAGAAGAAUGGGAAGGUUCGCAUGUGUGUAGACUACCGCAGGUUGAAUCAGGCCUGUCACACAGAAGCGUAUCCGGUACCGAGGCCUGACGACGUCCAGGAGCACCUUUGUCAUGCCAGAGUGCUCUCUACCCUAGAUCUGCGUAGUGGGUAUUGGCAACUUCCGGUGCGGCCCGAGGAUCAGCACAAAACGGCUUUUUGCCCAGGGCCUGGGUUCCCUUUGUAUGAAUGGUGUCGCAUGCCGUUCGGCCUGGCUUCGGCCCCGGCCACCUUUUAA